ACUUUCAAGCUUUCUCUACUAAUUCUAGGGUUUGUUUCAUCGGCCGCUCAUAGACGCCUCUGAUUUCUCCUCCGAUCCUCCUUUCCCGACACCGGCCGGCCAGCCAUCGAUCAAUUCGUCCAAAAUGGUCACCACCAAAAAAACCAAGAAGACUCAUGAGAGUAUUAACAAUAGGCUGGCUCUGGUGAUGAAGAGCGGCAAGUAUACCUUGGGGUAUAAGACUGUUCUCAAGUCUCUCAGAAGCUCCAAAGGGAAGCUGAUUAUUAUUGCAAACAACUGCCCUCCUCUUAGGAAGUCCGAGAUAGAGUACUAUGCUAUGUUGGCGAAGGUUGGAGUCCACCAUUACAAUGGGAACAAUGUCGAUUUGGGGACUGCUUGUGGUAAAUAUUUCAGGGUGUGCUGCCUCAGCAUUAUUGAUCCAGGUGAUUCCGAUAUCAUUAAGAGCAUGCCUGGUGACCAAUGAGAAAGCUCUAGGGGGUAAAAGAUAUCACCAAGAUAGGCAGUUGUCGGAUUCUUUUGACACAUUUUAUAUUUUUCUCUGAUGGAAAAGCAUUGCAGUGUAGAUGUGGUUUGCCUCUUUUUAAGAUGACCUCUGAGAAAGUUUUGAUGUUAAUGAGAACAUGUUCCCUAUGAUGUUAAAACUGAAAAACUGAAAUUUUGGUUAUUUGUGAUGCUUUGUGGACCGUCAGUUUUUCAUUUGGCAUUUAAUUUUGGCCACGAACUUUCAAAGUGUUCAACA